GAGUGAGCGAGGAGAGGGAGAGAGGAAGAGCGAAGGAAAAAGCGAGCGAUCGAGAGACAAGGGGGAAAGAGACGCCGAGUGCAUGAGAGCAAGACAAAGCAAUGAAAUUCAUCGGAGCUCUUUACCUACUGUUCCUCCUCCCGGCUUUGAGCUUCAACAGCAGCUAUGAGGGGCUGGAAAAGAAGCUGAGGGAGGUUUUCACGGAGAGGACAGGAAUUUUACGUCAACUUUCAAAAACAUCAAAGGAGCUGGACAGCAUAAAGGGUAACCUGCAGACGCUAAAGAAUGAUGAUGCUGUGCCCAAGAAGGAUGUGCAGAGAAUCCUGGAGCUCAGUCACAAGCAAAGGGAUGAGAUGAAGUCACUCCAGGCGGCUCUGCAGAAGCAACUGGAUGAUGCAACUGAACGCACAGAGAAGCAGCAGGCCACCAUCAAGUUUUUAAAGAUGGAGAUGGAAAAGAAGACCAAAAUCAUUAAAGACCUUCAACAAGAGAAUAAAAGCUUGAAGAACAAACUUUUGUCUGGAAACAAGCUGUGUGACCUGCAUGCAGAGGAGUCCAAAAAAAUCCAAGCCCAGCUGAAAGAGUUGAGGUAUGGCAAAAAGGAUUUAAUUUUUAAGGGUCAGCAAUUGAUGGAUCUGGAGAAUAAACUCAGAGUUGCCAAAGAUGAACUGGAGAAGGCUGCACUAGACAAGGAGUCACAGCUUAAAGCCCUGAAGGACACAGUCCAUAUCUGCUUUUCAUCUGUCCUGCACAGCCAGACAGGAAGUCUACACAGAUUUACAGCCACAGCCACCAAUCUGUUGAGGUAUUCCGCCCUGGUCAACAACUCAAGAGUCACCUUUCAACAGCCGCAUGCAAAGGACAUCCCAAAAGUUCCCCGAAUCACAACAACGAGUAAAUUGCCUUUGAGCAGUGCAGUAAUGAGGAGAGAUGGCUCAGGACUGAAAGACUUCCAGAUGGUGAAGGUGGGAGCAGAAUGUUCCAAUAAUCAGACUGGGAGCACAUCUGAGAUGAGAAAGAUGUUUGGACACAGUCAACCGCAGACCCCGGAGCAAAUUGGACAAGGCCAAGCAAGGACAUCAGAGGAAAGUGUGAAAACAGAAGGAGACCUAAAAACGACACAAAUGGCCACACACAACUAAGAGACUGUGGAAGACUUGGCAGAUUUUCUGCAUGGUAAAAAAUGAUGUCAGACCUGUUUAAGCCCCUCGUCAUUCACUGAGCUAAGCACACACAAACACACACACACACGCACACAUGCACAUAAUGUAGGGCGCACAAGCAGUGCAAUGCCAGACAGACACAAAAAACUCAAUCUAACACCGCAAAUGUAGAAAAAGGAAUUCCCAUGAUUCAAUUCUGAACUUUUUUGAUAAGAACCAACAGCAUAGUAUGGCAUGCAUUAUAGAAUUUUAGAUUUUUAUUUCAAGAGGUUACGAUGGUAUUGGUUGUUUUAAAUAACUGUUACUUUUUUGUUCUCUAUCUAUUAUGAGUUAAUUUCUCCCAAAGUUAGGACACAGUGUUCUUUGAUUUGUGUUGUUUGUACUUAAAAAAAGAACACUAUUUCUGGCACCGCAGACCAGAAUUUCCUUGUUAAAAGUCACACUGGGACGGGGAGGCGGGAGGGGGGGUAAUUUCAGUUUUGUAAAUGUGGCUACGGCUCAAAUUUACCUGUACAUUUCUGAGCAGCUUCAGUUCAAAACUGAAUGAGUCCUGUCAUUUUUUUAACAAUAGCCCAGAUUCACUGAACGGAAACGGAGUCAACACUGAGAGAACUGUUUAAAACCGCAAAAAUGUGAAGGUAUGGUCUGUCUCGUGUUGUAGCAAAGAUUAAUUUACUCUUCCUACUCCAUAUUAUGAGGUAUUAUAGGCUCAAGUUGGCUGGCCAACUAUCGCUGUUGAAUAUUUCGAAGCUUUUGGUGCCAGAGUUCAAGAGAAAAACUCGACUCACAGUGAGUCGUCUCCCUAAGAAUGAUGUGCCAUGCACCGAGUACUUAAUCUACUGCUACAUCUCUCUGUUUCUCUACUUUCUUGUGUCCUUUCAAUAAACCGUGAUUUUCGCUAAAUGUGUGCAGAAUAAAUGGUUAUUUGUGGAGUAAAACUACAGGCUGUCCAUACGUUCCUGAGUCCUCUGAGUUUAUUUCUCAGUUUAAUUAAUGCCUCUGGAGUUUCUGGAAAGGCCCCGGUCUGCGUUCAAGUAUGAGGUCAAUAACCCAGAUCCCACAGGAUCAGAGGAAAACCCUCAUUGGUUUAUCCUUUACGUGAGCAGCACAUCAUCAUUACUUGGAAGCUCGGUUUCUUAGGCCUCCAAUAGACCAUUGAUUUCUCUUGAUCCGUCUUUCUCUUUCUUCUUUAGCUUUCAUGUCAAGAAUGAUCCAUUCUCUUUUUUCAUCAACUUUAAGCUGACAUGGUAGUUAGCGAGAAUUUCAGAAAUCAGAGUCAUUAUGGUGUCUUGAUGGAAAAGCUUUUUUUUAAAAGCGACAUGACACAAAAGCAGAAGCUCAUUGUCUUUGAAAAUAAAGCUGACAUUACGGUUUCAUAACAAUUAUGGUAAUUGCUCUGUGAUCUUUUGCUUUGUGUUGUGUAUUUUUGCUUUUCCGUCACAUACAGUAAGUGUAAUUUCUGCCCGUGUGAAAUGUACAGACGCUAAACAAGGGAAAACUUUGACGGAAACAACACGCGGCGGAAAAGUUCACUUGAAGAUUAUGAUUUCAGGCCAUUUGCUAGUUUGCAACUGCCUGACUUGGCCAAUUAUCAUCAAAACUUCUGAGGGCAGAACAUGCCAAGUGUAUUCUGGAGAGAGACUCCUCAUAAAUGUUUGAGCCGGGGAUGAUGGUUUGAGAAGCCUCCUCUUAUAUCUCUGCGCAGGAAAAUGAGACUGGGAGUGACAAAUCUGUGCGGCGUUUUGCAAAGUGCCAAUUUACCUAUAGCAACACUGCAGCUUCCAAAAAUACGACGUUGUCUUCCCCUGAAAACCAGCCUCUACGAGAUCUUAUAAAUAAAAAUGAGCCGCGAUCAAAAACUGAUUAAUAUCGGCCUCACUAAAACAGCCUUGCGGAAAUAUACAGUCUGUGUGAUUACAUUUACUGGAAAGAGAGAUUGACAAACUUUUCAAAGUCAAGCGCUUCAUUCAGUCGUGCGGCACACAGAAUGAGACAUUCAUUUCAUAUUUCAAUAUUACCUCCGGUCUUUGGAUCUCACGACAAUGUUGGGUGAUUAAAAGCAUUGUUCUGGAAUUGCUACAGCAUUCGGGUGAAAUGCUGCACGGCGCCGAGCGUAAUGUUAAGUAAUGAUCUAAAAAUGAGAUGCAAUGACAUUAUUUUGGCUUUAUUGAGAGUUCAACGCUUGUGGCUUCCCCUUUGAUCCGAAAACUCUGACCAUUUUGUUAUAGUCAAUCUCCAUUAAAACGUCUAUGUUGUUUGGUGGAAUUUGAGAAUCGCAGUCUGAGGGGCUAAUUACUGCUCUGAAAGCCAAUUUUCCCCUUUUCUUGCCAUCUCACUCGAGUCUGGGAAAGGUGUAGGAAAUAGAGCCUAUUAGCAACUUCAAAGUGAAUUUAAAUAGCUACAUCAAUACUUUUCCCAUUCAAACUUUGGAAGCGCUCAACCAAUGCCCAGACACCUACAGCUUUCAGCUCUUUACACUUUGAGUUAUGAGGGGAACUAGUGGUAAAACAUUGCUUUCAGACAGAAAAACGACAAGCUAUCGUCAGCAAGGAAACGAAAACUAAAGAAUCUGUUAAGCCAGCUGUUCAUUGGUGACGUACAAAUGGAAUUGUCCAGUUCAUUGACGCCAACGCUGAGGCAAACUGUAACAUGACAUGUGUAUAUCCGUGCACAUAAAAAUGCUGCGGUAGGCCAGCCGUAAAGUCACGGUGAGGAGAGAUUUUACAGCGAACAGCUGUGGGCCUUAGCAGUAAAGUAUCGCAUUGCCUUCCACACACGGCAUAAAAAAGACAAUUAUUCUCCCGUUAUCUUUCACCUUUUAUAUUCAGACUGUCUACAACUGGUAUAUUAAAUGUUGACCAGUUACUCUAAAUACAGCACAUUCUUUAAAGAGUACAUAACAUGAGGUCAUGAAAAUGACAUUUCAUGCAGUGUGUAAUAUUGCCGUAAAGUAAGCAGUCUGCCAAGUUGUAAAUUCGAAGGUGAAUGAAUAACAAAGUUAUUGGCUUGGAAAAAAGGGAGUCGACUCAUGCAAACUAGUCGUCCCUAGUGCGAUAAGUGAACCGCCGCGGAUUUAUGUCACUACAUAUAGUCCCCGCCUACGUUUUGCUAGGACUGCCCACGAAAACCUCACUCUUCUCCCCCAAACACUGUAGCUCGUGAGCCUCAUUCGCGGUAAACCAAUCACAGCAGACUAGACCAUCUGACCAAUCACAUCAGACUAAACUAGCGGAAAGGAGGGGAUUGAUGAAUCACGGAACGAAUCAUUUGAGAGUCAGUCAAGAAGUAAGGUAAGAAUAACUGCCUAUUAUUACGAAAUAAUAGUGUUUUACACCUUCUAUGUACACCUUCUAUGUACAUACUGCUCCGGGGGUACGUGUGUUCACUACUCUCUGGAUGGGUUAAAUGCAGAGGUCACAUUUCGUUGCCUUGUACUUGUACAUGUGCAAUGACAAUAAAUUGAAUCUAAAAUCUAAAAAAAAAAAAA